AUGGAGCAUAAAAUACUUCGGUUGAAUGCUACGGCCUCUGGCGGCCGCAUUAUUAUCGCUUUUUCAUACCCUCCAUCGGCUGAAAGCUAUAAAGAAUAUCUGGAGAAACCCGAGAACACCUACGACGACAAGCACGAAUGGAGUGUUGCUGUACUGGAAGGGAAGGUGUCCAUGACCCUUCCCUCUGACAUAACCUUCGAGUUCCCUAGUGGCUCUAAGGAUGCCGUUCUGGCUUUCCAAGACGAGGCGAAAGCGAUAAAAUGGGAAGAAAAAAUGUUAAUAUGGGAACGGGGAACAAACCAUGAGGGGACAAGGCGAAGCAUUUCACGGUCAUUGACUGUUGGACGCCUCAACGAAAAGCUGGGCUUGCCAGGACACAUUCCAUUACUUGGCCUCAAUUCCACUUUGGCGGUCACGUCAAACUAUGCCGCUUUUUCGUACGAUUUCGACAACCUUUUGGCGCAUUUCAAGGGGCCACAAGGUUAG